AUGGCAAGACAAAAGGAGAGUGCAGCGAGUACUCAACUAACCAAGGAGUUCCUCUCCACAGUAGCUCUUGCCUUUCCCAACCACAAUGGAGACCAACCAGCUGGUGAUGGACUCCUACUCUUCAAGAUAGGCGAUGCCAAUGGGCGCAUCUCCAUCUCAGCUCUAUGCCAACUCUUUGGACUUCCCAAUGAGACAGCACAUGACUUCAAGGAGAACUCAAAGAGGAAACAAGCUGCCUUUGCUGAUUGGACACACUUUGCCAAUGAACCAUUCUUGCCUUCAAGAUCAAAGGUGUCUAGAAUCACUCAUCCAGCCAUUCGCUAUGUGCACCGCCUCAUCUCCACCACUUUCCAAUGCAAACAAGAAGCCAACAAGGUCACAACUGAUGAGUUCUACAUCCUCACCACACCAUUCAUCAAGCAUGAGUACAAGGCCAACCUUGGCCUUUUGCUUGCCAAGACACUUAUCAAUGUGAGGAAUCUAGCUCAAGACUUGGAAGGCAACAAGAAGCUUUGUGUUCGUUUUGGGAGGCUCAUCACGGCCAUAGUACAACAUGUGGGGAUUGACAUUCCCAACUAUGAGCCACUACCCAAGCCAAUCCCUUUGGAUCUCCAUGCCCUUCAGCAAUCCACUUCCUAA